AUGAAUGGGAGAUACACAGAUGGAAUGAAGUUUGGUUUAGGAAUGCUUGCCACUUUGGCUUGUUGUAAUGUUGCUUGGUGGGUGGAGUAUAAAAGGCUAAAAGAUUUGAAAGAACACGACUUGUUAGGUAAUCCCGAUGCCAUUGCACCAAUAUCUGUAUUUUGGCACUCACCACACUUUGUACUGAUGGGAAUCUUGGACGGAUUAGCUCUUUAUGGUAUUGAGGGUUUUUUUAAGUAUCAGGUUCCAGAGUCAAUAAGGAAGAGGUAUGCACUCGUACUCACUGAAGCUGUGAUUGGAUGGGGAAAAAUAGUGAACAUAGGGUUUAUUAUGAUAUUCGACGUGGUGGUCAUGAAGUUGAGAGCUGAAGAUGGAAGUUGGAUUGCAGACACUGUGAAUCAGAGCCGUUUGGAUCUUUUUAUGCUGCGUUAG